AACAGCAGAGACCUGCAGACAGAUACAGAGGACGCUGAUUUAUUAGGAGUCAGAAACAGACAGGAAGAGUGAGUUAGUACAUGUCAGUGAGCACAGGUAUGCGCCGUGGACACCGGCUGGCUCAUUCACCCUGCGAUGGAUUAAGGAGGGAGGCGCUCGCAUGCACAGGCUGCAGAACAGAGCCCAGAGUCAGCCACAAGCAGAACAAGGAGAAGAAGAAGAAUCAGGCGUAGGAGCGGAGAUCUGAGAAAAGCUGAGCUGUGUUUUAAAAGAACAAAAGAAGAAGCUGAAGGAGGAGACGGGAGGAAAGAAGCCAGGAGGAACACAAGGCAGCAAUGGAUAGCAGAGUGGCUCAGUCUGACCCUGGGAUGGCCUGGAUUCACACACUGCUGCUGGCCACCAGCCAGCACACACACUAGACCGCUAACGCCAAUGAGCUCCCAUGUGUUCGUUCGGCCAUGCUCCCCGGGUAUGGAUUCUCACCUUUUCCUGAUUUCCAGCCCCACCUUCACGCUUUUCGCAGCCGAGGAGAGAGUCCCAGCAUGUGGAUCCCUGGCUCAGGAGAGUCCCAGGCUCUGAGCGAGGCCCAGGACGACAGGCCUCUCCUCCACCCGUGCCAUCACAAGCAUGUCGCCGUGUGCCAGCAGGAAACCCUGGCUUUUAUUGAGCUCCAACCACCAGUGACUCCUAAACUGAACGGCCUGGGCUCUCCGAGGCCAGCUGUUGUUCCAGAUGCACAAUAUAAAACACACUCGCUGCCACUGAAUGGUUUCAGACACACGCUGAAUGAACUGAAUGACAUGCAGAACGGCUGCCACGGGGCAGAAAAUGAACAUGAAACACUGACUUUGAACUCUCAUACAGCUGCUGCUGAUGGAGAGCGUGAACGCCGCAAUGGGACUGAAAAGCCACGAACCGUCACCACAGUAUGUCGUCCUCUCCACGCAGCUCUGAGCCUCCCUCUGUCGUUCCCUCUGUCCUCUCUGUACACAAACACAGACUCGUGGGAAUCUCAGUUACCUUCCUCACCUGAAGGUCCUGAGUUACAGAGCCCGGGCUCCCGCCGGCCACAGAGGAGGACAUCACAAGGUUCACUGAAGGAGAAGUCAAUCCGGCGAAAGAUGCAGGUUUAUUCUCCCGACAGCCCAAGCGAUGAAUCUCUCGGCAGCCCGAUCCUGGAUGCAGACUACAUCUUCCCUGGACCCUUUGCAUCUUUCCUGGAGGAGGACCUCAGUGGAUUAUCUUCCCUGGAGGCCGUUUCGAGUCCGUCAUCCACAGACGGCACAGCAGAUGACAUUUUUAAUCUGCCUGCAGAACCACUGCAGAUAAUAGAGGACUCGAUACUGGGGGCGAGGGAGGACGGCGGGAGCGUGGAGACGUCGAGUGCCGCAGGGGGGAGCUGUUUGUCACGCGGCCGUCAGGGGGACCAGGAGCGGCGGCGCUUCUCGGCCUCGGAGCUCAUCUCCAGACUUCAGCUGUCUCAGAGGAAGAACUCCUUCACCCUGAAGCUGGGGAAGUCUCUGUCGGCUCGGGUGGCCUCCAGGGACAGACAGAGCUCCAACAGCCUCAGCCCCAACCCUGACUAUAAGAACAACUCUAAGCACCGCAGCUCAGGAGGCUCUAGUGAUAGCGCCCCCCACAGUCCUGUAGGACCCGCGCCUCCUCUGCCCAGCAGUGACAGUGGGAUGCCUCUGCAUCGGUGGAGCACAAAACUCAGCAUGAGAAAGAAAUCCAUAGAAGAAGACUUCAGCACGCUUCCAACUGUUGGAACCUCCAAUCGCUUGUCAAGGUUUCUGCCUAGUUCGAUUCUGUACCAGGAAUACAGUGACGUCGCCAUCAACAGAGAGAUCCAGAGGCAACAAGGGAAGGAGCCGGGCACAGAGGAGGAGGGGCUGAGGGACGAGGGGUCCGACGGGACGCCGUCUCCAUCGAAUCUGUCUCCAUCCAGCUCCUUUCGCUCCUCCCGAGGUUCUGCCUUCGCGCUGUGGCAGGACAUACCUGACGUACGAACCAGCGGCCAGCUCGACAACUUCAGCAACGAGGAGAGGAAGUUACAGGAGGCAAAGUUUGAGCUGGUGACUUCUGAAGCGUCGUACAUCCGCAGCUUGACCAUCGCCGUGGACCACUUCAUGUUGUCGCAGGAGCUCGCCGACUGUCUCGGAGCGCAGGAUAAGCAGUGGCUCUUCUCCAAGCUGCCUGAGGUCAAAGACGUCAGUGAGAGGUUUCUUCAGGACCUGGAACACAGACUGGAGGAAGACAUCCUGCGUUUCGAUGUGUGUGACAUUGUCCUGAAUCACUGCCCGGCUCUGAGAAGGGUUUAUUUACCUUAUGUGACCAACCAGGCUUACCAGGAGCAGACAUACCAGCGUUUGUUGCACGACAACCCUCGUUUCCCCGGCAUCCUUGCUCGUUUGGAGGAGGACCCCAUCUGCCAAAGACUUCCUCUGACCUCUUUUCUAAUCCUCCCAUUUCAGAGGAUCACACGGCUUAAAAUGCUGGUGGAGAAUAUCUUGAAGAGGACGACGCCGGGCUCUCGGGAUGAGGACACCGCCACGAAAGCUUUCAACGAGCUGAAAAAGAUCAUCAAAGAAUGUAACUCCAGUGUGCAGUCAAUGAAGAGGAUGGAGGAACUUAUUCACCUCAAUAAGAAAAUUCAUUUUGAGGGAAAGAUCUUCCCUCUGAUCUCUCAGUCCCGCUGGCUGGUGAAACACGGCGAACUCCUGGAGGUCGACACUCAGACCAUGAGCAUCUCUGGAUCGAAGCUGAAGUUACCCACCAAGCCCGUGUACCUCCACCUGUUCAAUGACUGUCUCCUGCUGUCCAGGAGGAAGGAUACUUGGAAGUUCAUGGUGUUUGUACACGCCAAGAUAGGAGAGCUGAAAGUGAAGGAUCUCAGUCAGAAGCUGCAGGGCAUCUCAGGCUUCAUCUUCCACCUGCAGCUGUGUGAAGGCCAGCAGCUCAAACACCAGAUCCUGCUCAAAUCACACACCGAGAGCGGGAAGCAGAGAUGGAUCACAGCGAUGUUUCCAUCUGAUCCGCUCGAAGACAUCGAGCAGGCCAGUGAGAACGACGACAUAUCCCAAGUUCAGUGCAUCAAAAGCUAUCAGGCCCAAGAGCACGACGAGCUAACGCUGGAGAAGGCCGACAUCCUCCACGCUAAGACCAUGACGAGUGACGGCUGGGUGGAGGGCAUCAGACUGUCAGACGGGGAGCGGGGCUGGUUCCCCAAAACCUACGUGGAGGAAAUCACGAGUCGCAGCGCGCGCCUCCGAAACCUCCGGGAAAACAUCCGCAUCAAAUGUGUCACACAGAAACUGGAGGGAGAGGACUGACCACUUCUCCUGAAGGUGCAUUUCAGUUAGCUAAGUUUCAUUUUUAAGCUUCUGGAUCAUUGUUUUGAUUUUAGAUGGAUGGUGGGACCUUCGUAUGUGGUAUGCAGGUUCUAAAACAAGCUAAUAUUUUUAGCUGUCUCAUUUCCUUUAGCAUGCUAGCUGUGGAUACAUUUUAAAAGCUUCUACUGCUCCUUUACAAGUUUAGUAUAACAGGCUUUUAUACAAUAAAAGUCUGUUGAUUCACAUUUUAUCAGCAGUUUUCGCCGCUCUGCACUUCCUACACUUUGUAUGUGCAAUUACUUUAUGCAUGCUUUCUGGGUAUGCAUUUCAACACCAUUUUAAAAUCAGAGAAAAACUUCAAGCAUCUCUGUUGCACAUUCAGCAGCACAGCCAGUACGAGUAAGCAGCUCGUAGCACGUAGCAUGAGGCUAACUCGGAGUCUGUGACUGCAGACUUCAGCCCCUCUUUGUGCAGUAAACUCUGAGCAGUGCAGGAGAUUCAUUCAUGUUUCGCUACCACACAACAGUCACCCACACACCUGCUGCUGAGCUGAUCAGACACUUCAAAGGCUUUUUAAUCUUUCAUCUUUGUUCUCGCUGCUUUAAUUUCACUGCACUACAGCGUAUCAGUUCAUUUCCCUCCUUGUUAAAAUAAGCUCCAUUAGAAAGGAUGACCCCCACCCUGUAUGGACUGUAAAUGGUUUGUAGUUACUGCAUGCACAUGGUGGUUUAAAGAUGAAUUUCACAGUUCUGCUGUAACAUGAAUGAAGAGCAGAUGAUCCUCUUUACAAGGCUGCACUACACUAAUACUUUUUUUGUCAGCGCUGUAAUCCCAUUAAAGGAUUAGUCCGACUAUAUUCUGUAUUUUUAUUAUCGUCAACAAAGUCCAUGAACAGACCAGAGCCUACAUGUUUUGUCUGUCGCAGCUUAAUGGUGCUUAUUCCUCUGUUCCAUAGUGAAAUCCACUCACACAUCCUGCUGCUGUAAAUACUGACUAGAGCAGCAGUUCCCAACCUGUGGUCCAGGGCCCACUGGUGGGCGCUGAAGGUAUUGCAAGUGGCCCGAAAAAUUCAUUUGCAAAACAGAACAAUUUUGGUGAAAAGAUGUAAUCAUAAAUAAAUGGAUAAAUAAAUGAAAAUAUAAAUACAGUUUUUAAAUAUUUUAAAACAGUAUUAUCCUGUUUUCAGUUCAGUCCUAAAUGUUUGAUCAUUACCUUUAAAAUAAAAAGUUACCGAGUCAGAAGUGGUGCCAUGAGUUGGAAAAGGUUGGGAACCACUGGACUAGAGCAUCUAAUGUGUAUUAAUCCACCGCUGAAACUAGUCCUUGACAGUUUCACAGUUCACUCCUGUUUGAGUAACAUUUGCUAAGAACUACAGUUCCCAGUUUAGGCUGCACAACUAAUCCAAAUAUAAUUGAAAUCACAAUUUGGCAAAGUGCAAUAUCCAAAUUGCAGGAGUUCUUCUGAUAAAGGUAAAAUGUGUCACAUUGUUGUGCAUUGUUAUUACCAUCAGUGUUGUGGUGCUACAGAGACUCCACAACCUACAAAUCAUAUUCUCCAGAUGUAAAGGAAAAAUGUUUGUUUUGUACAAGACCAACAAAAAUCACAUCACCAGCAUUUUUACAUUUUUACAAAAACUAAAAAUUCCAACUGAAAUCAUGACUCAGAUCACAAUCACAAUAUCUUCACAAAAAUCACAAUAUGAGUUUUUUUCGUAUCGUGCAGUCCUAGUGUCCAGAUACUGGAUAUUAUAGAGAUUUUUUGUUAAAAUAAAUUAAACUUUAUGUUUGUGACGUGUCUGUUUUUAAAGACCUUACACCUUCAGUAGGAACAAAUGAGUUUGGGGCUGAAACGUACAUUGGAAAGUGAAGAAAUGAACUUACACAUUGUAGGUUUUGAUCUUUUCAUGGCAUUUGUUGACAGUAAAAGUAAAUAAACUGACUCUAGCUUUGCCCUUUAAAACUGGGAAGUGGAAAAAAAAUACCAAAUUUACCUUGGAACGCAUUAACGUUACCCACCUGUGUGGUAAAUAUGCAAAUUUAUCUUCAAAUGUACUAAUUAUAAAACUUUGACAAGCCCCAGUUUAGCACCAGUUGAAUGAAAGCUCGACAUUAUUGUAUUACACUAAUAAUACAGAAUAAAAUAAUGCAGUUUUACAAAAAGCACUGAUUCAUAUUGAGGCCGACGUCAUUCACACCAUUCCCCUCGUUAAAUGUAGAAAUCCCCAGAUGAUCAAUAGCACAGUGUAACUGAGCUGAGACCUGUUGUUAAUGAACCACUAUAAUCAACAUUCAAAAACUCGACCAGUGGCACAUGAAAUGUUUGUAACCCUACUUUUUUUUUCUAUAUCUAAGUUGUUAGUUGUAAUUUAAGUGGUUGCUGUUGCAGCAUGUGUAUUUAUACUCCUCUAGCUGGUUGUUCUCUAAGGAGAUUCUGAUGUAAAUUGAAUUUUACUGUAGAUGGCUUCAUGUAUAAAGCGUAGAAAAUGGUUCAUUUACUUUUUUUUUGAAGAUAAUUUAUAUGAAAAAAAGAUGUAACAGAUAUUAUGACAUUCCAUAUCUAUAAACGUUGCAGUCAGAGUAAUUUCUAAUACCAUGAUGAAUAUAAAUACUGUAAUACACUGGAUGUUUACUGGAUUUCUCCACACUACUGUAAAUGUUUAACCACUGAAAUAAAAACUGAUUCUUCCAUUUUA